AUGGCCGAGAAGCUGGAAACCGACGGCGUUAAUCAGCACAAGCUUAUCAGUUCCGACCAAGCUGCCCAGGACGACAGCUCGGGGGCCUGCUCCGAUGGGCUUGCCCUGGCCCAAGGACUGAAAGAGAGCAAUGUCCCUGCCGUCAUCUUGGAGAGAGACCCCAACCUCGGCCCGAGUGGACGAUGGGGCUUUGCGAUGGCUUGGUCGGCCCCCAUCCUCAAGUUUCUGAUCGCCAAUGAUGCCUGGUCCCGCAUCCACACCACACCGUACGACCUGUCCCUUCCCGUCAUGGAGGUCGGCACGAUUCCCAUGUACAAUGUAGCCAACAGUGCCCAUCCUGUAGACUUUUCAUUCCUGAAAAGAAACGUACCGAGUUUACCACCCACACUUCUGUGA